CCUCCAAAGUCCCCCAAAAGAGAAUAGCGUGUGUGAACAAGUAGACGAGAGCCCCCGUCUCUUCUCCAAAGUCAGAGGGAAGCUGUUCUGCGCACGGCUGAGACUUUCUUGGCCAACAUCCUAGUCGUCGUCCUCCUACUACUGCUAGUAUUAGUUGCCAAUUGUCUGCAUAGAGCCCGCCAUUGUCCAGAGCUUCUCUCUCUCUGUGUAAAGAAUCAUGAAGUCUCAGUUCCUCAUCGCUUUGGUUUUGGUUCUCCUUCGCUCGCUCAUGUCAUGCCAUGGAGGAGUGCUCCUCUCCACACUCCCGAGAACCAUCCUGGUCUCUGCUUCUCCUCAGCCUGGACAAGUUCUCAAAGCAGGAGAGGACACGAUGACAGUCAAGUGGAGCUUCAACCAAAGCGUCCUCACGUCACAGGAAAACGAGACGUACAAGACCAUAAAGGCCACUUUGUGUUACGCUCCCGUGAGCCAAGACGACCGUGCGUGGAGGAAAACGUUCAACGAUCUCAGCAAGGACAAGACCUGCCAAUUCACCAUCGUGGAAGAACCUUACGCUGCCGCCGACGCCAACAACGCCUCGGCUCGCAGCUUCGAGUGGACGAUACAGAAGUACGUGCCCACGGCGACCUACUUCGUGAGGGCGUACGCCUACGACUCCGACGGCAUCGAGAAGGCUUACGGUCAGACCACGGACGAGAAGAAGACCGCCGACUUGUUCCGGAUCGAGUCCAUCAGCGGCCGCCACGCCUCGCUCGAGAUCGCCGCCGGUUGCUUUUCCGCCUUCGCCUUGGCGUCCUUGUUCGGGCUGUUCUGGGCGGAGAAAGCCAAGAAGAAGUGAUUUUUCAGAUGA